AUGUCAAAGCAGGUGCUCAAAUUCGAGGACGAAGACAACGAAGGAUACGCUGAUAGCAACAUCCGAGAAAUGCAUGCAGAUGGUGCAUCAUUUGCUGGUGAGAAUGCCUGCCCAGCUGACAAUGCUGAUUAUUCAAAUGAGGAACCGACUGCUGAAGAGCUUGAAAUGGACAGAAUGUUUGCAAACAAGAAGUAUCCAACAAUGCAAGAGAUAUCAGAGGCAUCUACUCCCACAGUUGGGAUGGAAUUCGAUUCAAAAGAGGAUGCAUUCUUCUUCUUUGCAGUGUGCCGUGAGGAUACAUACGUUGACAGUGCACUCAGACAGAGACGGACUUCCAGGAUUGUGCGGACAAAUGCAAAGUCGGAAUACAAGACUCUGAUCCACAUCCUACAAGAGACAAGAGUUCCACCCAGGAACAUAAUGAAAAUAUUCAGGAAAACAAGGGGAAGCUUCAGGGCAGUUCCAUUUGAUACAAAAAACCUAGAAAACGAGCUAGCAAAAGAAAGAAAGAAAAUUAAGAACAGGGACAUCGAAGAGUUGCUGCUACUAUUCAAGGAAGCACGUGAAAAGAUGCCUGGAUUCAGACAUUCAAUUGAUUAUGGGAUGCCAUUUGCUCCAAUAUUAGGGGUUGAUAACUAUGGCAAAACAGUCAUGUUUGGAGUAGGAUUGCUGGAGGAUGAUAGAGCAGACACUUUCAAGUGGCUGUUUGAGGAAUUCCUGUCUGCCAUGGACAACAAGCACCCAGAAACUAUAAUAACAGACCAAGACGUUGCAAUGAGGAUUGCAAUAUCUAAAGCAUUACCUUACACAGUGCACCGUUUCUGCAACUUUCACAUCAGCAAGAACCUGGAUGACAAGUUGUCCCUAUUCUUCGCAGUAAGAGGGACUCUGAAGGAAGAACUAAGAGCGGUUAUAAGGAACUCAUUUACUCCAGAGGAAUUCGAAAAUAGCUGGCAUGAUCUACUGGAGCGUCAUAAUGCUUUGGGAGAGCCACACCUGGACAGGAUAUAUGACAUCAGAGCUCAGUGGGUCCCAGCAUAUUUCAAAGAGAGAUUCUUCCCAUUCACUUCAUCGAUGGGGAGAAGUGAGAGCACAAACUCCUUAUUCAAACACUAUGUAAAAAGGAAGGACUCGAUUGCAACAUUCUUCAAGGAGUAUAUCAUAAUACAAGAAAAAAAACAGUCUGACCUAGAUCGCCUAAGAGAGAAAAGUGAGUUCAAGGAGUCUGUGAAUUGGGGAUUCAAUCCUCUUGAAAGGGAAGCAAUGAAAAUCUACACAGACCCAAUAUACGGCAAGUUUGCUGAAGAGCUAAGGAAGGGUACUGCUUACAACGUUGAAGUUGUGGAAGAGAAGAGAUUAUACAGAGUGAUUAGGGUGGCUAACUAUAGGAAUGCAGAGUUCCCCAGAUUAACAUAUGUGGUUAGUGUUUCCUCUGAUGACGAUGUGUACAAAUGCUCGUCCUCAAAGAUGGCUCGCGAUGGAAUACAGUGCUGCCAUGUCAUGAGGGUGGCUAGUCAUAUUGGAGUUGCUGAGCUGAAGAAAGCUAUAUGCAAAGAUGCAAUUGAACGCCUCCAGACGAAAGAAAAAGUCACACGUAAGAGAAAAAAGGUUGAUGACCCAGUUCAACAAGAUACUGACAAUAUGCGUCAUGAAGAUAGAGAAGACAACAAUCAUGGACACAACAAUGAACAGAUACACCAUGAGGAGAAAAAUUCAAGUGACGAAGAAAAAAAUGAAGAUGAGCAUCGCCCUUAUAAGGAUCCACCACAGUCAGGAAAUCCAGGGUUCAACCUAGGUUGCCUGGACACAAAAGACCAAAAUGCCCAGACAGAGACAAGGUUGGCAUGA